AUGUUUAACGACGUUUCCAUCAGUUUACCAGCGAAGGUGCGAGGGCCGGAGGCUGAAGAGGAAUGGCAGGAGGUGGACUGGGUGACAUGGAGCACCGGCACAGUCACCGUGGAUUCAGAGUCAUUCCUUAUUGUGUUCAAGCCGACAGGUGCUGGCAGCGUCAAGGCAAAGCCACUUGGAAAUAUGAUUCGAGCAGCCGCGGUGGGUGGGACUGACGAAAAGACGCUGAUCGUCACCACUUCGGAGUCGAUGCACCGGACGUAUCGCAUGACUUUUCCGACUUCGGAAGAAGCUUCGGAGUUCUCAGCUAUAGCAAGCAGGGCAGAGGUUGCCGCCAACGAUGCUGCUUCCAGAACAAAGGAGACAGGUGAUGUGGAAAGUGGAGAUGCAACGAGGUUGGAACACGAAAUCCGGGCCCAUUUUGUUGAAAGAUGCCCCUUGGUCUUCGGAGGCGCGGAGCUUUACGGGCCGGAUCCUAACGGUGAGGCUUCCAGUGAGGUCCUGCUUGGACGGGGAGUCAUGAUGAUCCUGGAUCCGCAAGAAGACAACAAGCGCGUGGGUAGCUACGAGCUUGCCUUCUUUUCAGAGGACGAGGGUGUGGAGAAGCCAAGCCUGUCCUUCGCGAUAGCUCCAGAGAUGACUCUUUCCAGGCAAGACGCGGAUGAGGAAGCCGACUCCGAUGCGCCCGUGACUUUCGUUCUGCAAGCGCCAACCAUGGCUGCACACUCAGUUUGCUUCGAGGACCAAACGACAGCAGCAAGCUUCUCGCGAGACUUCAAAGUACGGUCCAAGUUGAUGGACCUCUCCCUGAAGACACUUCGAGGCCGUGCUGUGGCACAGGGUCUCCGGGGGGAGCUGACGAGUCUGAAGCAACGGAGUCUCGCCAGCCGGAUAUGGACCGUGCUCAGCUGGGGUCUCCUCAUUGCUGUGCUGAUGGUUACUGGGAGGGCCGUGCAUCUCUAUUCGGAGAACAGCCAGAGACCGCCAGCUGAGUAUGUGUCAGUCAUCGGUCAGGACCUGGCCAACACUGCUUUGCUGUCGGCGUCGACAACUACCGCAGUGGGUGCAAAGGUUUGUCAGAUCACCUUUGGCACUGUGGAUCGUGAUGGGCUUCGUCAAUGCACCAGAGCGACGACGGUCUCCGGCAUGCGGCAGUGCCUUGACUCUCUGACAGGCUAUGCACCUGUGUUGGGCCACAGCUUUCAUGAAGGUAUGUGA